AUGCGCUCAAGAAAUAUGGCUUCUACAGCACUUAAACGGUUAUUAACCGAAUACAAAGAAUUGACCCUCAAUGCUCCGGAAGGUAUUACUGCAGGGCCAGUCUCCGAAGAUUCAUUUUUCGAGUGGGAAGCAUUAAUAGCAGGGCCAGAAGGAACACCAUAUGAAGGUGGUAUCUUUCCUGCUGUGCUCAAAUUUCCCACAGAUUAUCCCCUCUCCCCGCCAACAAUGAAAUUUACAUGUGAAAUGUUUCAUCCUAAUAUUUAUCCCGACGGAAUGGUUUGUAUAUCGAUUCUUCAUCCUCCAGGUGAUGAUCCAAAUAUGUAUGAAAGUAGUUCAGAGAGAUGGUCACCGGUUCAAAGUGUUGAAAAAAUUUUAUUGAGUGUAGUUAGUAUGUUGGCAGAACCUAAUGAUGAAAGUGGUGCUAAUAUCGAGGCUUGUAAAAUUUGGAGAAGUGAUCGUGAAGAAUUUAAUAGGAUUGUCAGAGAUUCCGUUAGAAAGACACUUGGAUUGUAAUAAUAAUAUAGAUGAAUUUCAAUAAAUAUAGUUUUAGUUUUUUUUUUAAUUUAAAAUAAGAGGUUAUUUCCUUUUUUUUUGACAAAUACAAUAAUUUAUAUACAACUGUAAGUAAAUUAUAAUACAUAAUUGUAAUAAUUAUUUCAAGAAAUAAGUUGUUUAGAUAUUAAAUUGUUUAUAUGC